AUGUGGAGUAAAGGGCCGCGAUGCGGAGUGGAUAACUGUCCCUCGCGGUUCUGGCGAAGUAUUGGCGGUAACCAAGUUUGCCAGUACGGCCAUGUUCGAGAGGGUAUCGAGAUUGGCCAAGACGAAGAUGAUUUCGUUCACGGACGCCGGAUCAAGCGCCCCAAGCAGGAUUUUGUGGAAAAACAAAAGGAGACAAAUUAUGUUUUUGGUAAAGAUGCAGAGUCAAUUAUGGCCAAAAGCACCCAAAAAGUGCUCAAGCUGCAGCUGAAGUUUAUGACGAACCAUCAUAUAAAACACAAAGACUAUGCCGGUGCUGUAAAGUCUAUCUGGCUGGGGUUUCUGAAGGGCACCAAACUAGGCGGAUCUACGGGGAAGCUGAGCAUUGGACCAAGCCAGAAUGUUAGCAUUUUGUAUUUGGCCUGUGUCAUGUGCGGAAUUCCUCUCUAUCUGGUUGAUUUUUGGCGUCUGGUGUAUCGGUAUGAGCUGCCUUAUUUCGACGCCUACGACCGUCUGUUCGGAAACGAAGAAAACGCCCUGCCCCCCAAUAUUGUGGAUCGAGUCCGCCCUCGUCAUUUACCUGGAUACGAAAAGCUUUACAACAAUGCUAGGGCCAUCGCGACGUAUUUGGAACAGCAUGAAAAUUUCAAGUUCCCAGAGGUCAUGCCGGGGCCCUUGAUCUUCAAGGUUGUGCAGGACCUUUUGCUUCCGCCGCAAAUCCACACUACUGUUGUUCGGCUGUUAAGCAUAGUCAAGGCCCGCUUUGAUCUUGGCGCCAAUAAAACAGGGGUCAAGGUCCAGUCACCUGAAAACAUGAUCGUGUGCAUGACGGCCGUUGCUGUCAAAUUGUGUUAUGGACUCGAUAAUCUCGAGCGCUCAGCGCCACAAGGUACAGCAGCCGCCGACGCCUUUGACUGGGAAGUUUGGCAAGAAUACGUCACAAAGCUGUGGCUGCUAGACGACGAGUUCACCUAUGCGGACGAACGGUCGGUUAUUUAUUGGGAUCAAGACAAGACCAACCGAUAUUUGACGUGGUUCCAAAAGUAUGUGCAAAGCGACACGUUCAUGCGCAAGCCAUCGGUUGUUGAAAACAGAAUGCUGAACAUGUUUCCGGUACAGGAUAUUCCCAAACAACAGGCUCUCGGCACUAAAGACUACGAAGAAAUUGUGCCUGAGCUUCUGGCAUCGUUGCAUGAGACGUCGCAAUCAACAGUGAAUAAAGGACACCCGCCUCCUGGCUCAAACUAUCCUCAAUACAACAAUGUCGGACAGCCAGACUGGUCGCUGCCCGAUCUCAUGCACACCCUGUUCCAGGUGUGCAGUAGAUUCCUGAACGUCUCACACGAACAAUUCAGAUCUAUGAUGUACCGACUCGAGGGCUAUUUGCGUGUGGCCCAUCGAGAUAUUUAUUUGGUUAUGGAACGAGAUGACACCACGGUGUGGACGCCUCCUAACCGGCUGUCCCGCGAGCAGCUGGAUCUACGCAAGUCUACACAAAGAGCACGGGACAGAGCCUCGAGGUCGAUCUCCGCGUCACCGUCUAUACCGCCAUUUUCAUCUCAAUCUUCCCCUGAGGUCGAUAGCCUUGGAGAUCAAAGUCGUCGAACUUGA